AUGACGCCUGCCGUGGGGCCGUGCGCGUUGUUGGCAGAGUUUGUCUCGGUGGCUGCUGUGCCUGGGGAAGACCCCGUCCGGUUCAUGGAGAGAAUGGUUCACCUGGCAUGUUUGUGUGGCCGGGGUGUGGCUGCCAUAGAGGGAGGGCAGGUUCCCCCGACCAUAGCUCAAAUAGUCCUGCCUCCGGAGGAAUUGAGGCUGGUCGCCCAGGGUCUCCCAGUCCACGUACAGCAGGCGAUCGGGAGGUGGAGACCCGGGGAACCCGCGGAUGUGGAAGCCCAGCUGGACGCACCAAAGGCCCCGCAUCUGGCCCAGGGACUUACAGAGCUGCGCUCCCAUCCCAUCACCAUGCUGGGUCUGCUGAGAAUCUGCGUUUUCCUGCUUGGCCUCUCAGGGGCCCGGGCACAGGUGGCUCUGACCCAGUCCAGCCCGGAGGUUAAGAAACCCGGGGAAUCCACUAAACUCACAUGUGCCGUGAGCGGCUUUGAUCUCAGCAGCUAUACCAUGUACUGGGUCCGACAGGCUCCGGGAAAGGGGCUGGAGUGGCUGCUUUAUUAUUAUUCAUCGUCUAGCAACAGCUACUCCCCGACCAUCCAGGGGCGAUUCACAGCCUCCAAGGACAGCUCCAAUUUCUACCUACACAUGACCAGCCUGAGAGCGGAGGACACCGCCGUGUAUUACUGCGCGAGGGACACAGCACCAGGGAGUAGCUGCUCCUACUGCUCCAAGUGA